AUGCAGGUGUGGGCCAAGGAAAGCCUGCCGAUCAUGCGUAGCUGGAGAGGUAACGCUCAAUUUGCCACCUCGACGUUGAAGGUGCUUGCCCGACAACAACUGACAUCCCUUGCGAUCUACACAUUGACGCUCAUGCCGGAUCGAGGCAUAGAGGCGAACAUUGUGCACUACACGACAGUGGUGUCUGCGCUUUCGCAAAGAUGUUCCUGGCAGCUUGCGCUCCGUGUUGUCAGAAGUUUGCCGCCAGGAGUUUUUGCGAAUGCCUUCACCUUCAACAGUUUAGCCAGUGCGUGCACUGGUGGCAGCCAGUGGGCCUUGGCGUUGCAUAUACAAGAAGACAUGAGGAAUGAUGGGGUCCUGGCCGAUGAUGUCACGCAGAAUGUAAUGCUCGGUGCAUGCGAGAAGGGGUCUCAGUGGAGCAUGGCUUUGCAGAUCACUGGAACAGAGGCUUCUCAAGCUACCAUCAGCUUUAAUUCUCUUUUAGCCACGCUUCAAGCAAUUCAGAGCUGGAAACGGGCUAUGCUUGGUUUUAACAUGAUGGUUCCAUACCGUGCUCGCCCAGACUGCAUCUCUUGCAGUACUUGCAUCAGUUGCUGCCAACAUGACUGGCACCUGGCCAUGAACUGCUUUGCAGAGCUGAAGUUUGCCGCUUUGCAGCCAAACGACGUAAUCUACGGUGCUUUCCUCAAUUCUUGCGAGAAAACCAGCUCCUGGCUGUUGGCAUUGCAGGUGUCAAGGGGCAUGCCGGCAACAAGCCUAGUUCCCAACAACUACAUAUUCAAUUCUGCAAUCAGUGCGCUGGACAAAUCAAGCAAGUGGAUGGAUGCCGCCGAGCUGUUUUCAAGGAUGCCGCAGCAUGCGGUUGACACGAUCACCUGCACUGCAUUGAUCAGUGCCUAUGGCAAAGCUAGCCGUUGGACAUGCUCGCUGGCGCUCCUGCACAGAAUGCCUGAGUUUUCUGUUAUUCCGAACGCUGCAACUUUCAAUGCGGCCUUGACCUCUUGCUCUUCACAUGGCCUCGCCACAGCCUUGAUGGCUUGGAAUCAGCUGAAAACGCUAGACCAACCAUCCUUUCCUGACGUGCUCACAUACAACAUCAUGAUUAAUGCAUGCAGCAAAGAAGGGGCAUGGCAACUGGGGCUUCAAUUCCUCAGCGAUGUGUCAGCUGAUGCCCUGCAUGCCGACACUAUUACCUACAAUUCAGCUAUCAGUGCUUGUGAGAAGCUGGGGCAGUGGCAAAUUGCACUGGGAUUGAUGACAAGUAUGUCGAGCUCCGCUACAGUUCCCAACAUGGUCACGCUUAGUUCUGCGAUCAGCUGCACAGUGCAAGCGGGUAAGUGGCAGGAAGCCCUUCAUCUGUACAAGAUUCUGGUGGAAUCGGAGAUGCCCACAGUCAUCACGUGUAAUUCAAUGCUUGCUGCCUUCGAAGCGUCGAGCCAAUGGCAACGGGCUUUGAGCUUCCUGUGCAGAAUGGGUAAUUACGCUCUGCGGGGAGAUACUGUCACAUAUAGCAUAGUGCUCGCAGCGUGCCAGAAGAGCUUGCGCUGGCAGCAAGUGCUGGAAGUUUUGGAGAUGCUGCCCUGCCAGUCUACUUUGGAUGCACAGCUGUGUGCAUCAGCAAUAGAUGCUUGUGCAAGGGGCGCGCAAGCAGAAGAUGCAGUACGAUUUCUUGAAGCUUUGGUGUUUGCUGUGAAGUUUUGA